AUGCCAAAUCUGGACUCAGCAUUACUGGGUCUUUUACCUCUACGGUUGAUGAAGCCCAAUUUCGAUUGGGAAAAGAGUUGUCUCAGAAAAGGUUUCACCAGUUAUCCGUUUAAAAAGUACUCGAUUGGCUUCAAUGAUAUUGCAACAGUAAUUGGCAACGAUGAUAAAGUGAAAUAUUUUGAAAACGAGCACAAUGUUCGAAUUCACAUCAGCAACGAUUAUGGUCAUACCAUGAUCCUUACAAUUUGUGCAUUAAAACACGACGUGGACAUCGAUCUAAUUGGAACGAUCAUUUCUUAUUUCGCUCCGAGUUUGAAGCCAGUCUAA